AUGGUGGACAUGGAUAGGAACGAUCCGGAGCUCCGGUACUUGUCGGUGGAUAGGAACAGCUUCAACGACCCCGCCACACAGGCAGAAUGGACGCAGAAGAGACUAGUUUGGGUGCCCCACGAGACCCAGGGUUUCGUGGCGGCUGGGAUCAAGGGGGAGCGUGGGGAUGAAGUGGAAGUGGAGAUAGCGGAGUCAGGGAAGCGUAUCCUUGUUCCUAUAGAUGAUAUUCAGAAGAUGAAUCCCCCAAAGUUUGACAAAGUAGAAGACAUGGCAGAGCUGACCUGUUUGAAUGAGGCGUCUGUAUUGCACAACAUCAAGGACAGAUACUACUCUGGACUGAUCUAUACAUACUCCGGUCUCUUCUGUGUAGUGGUGAACCCCUACAAGAAGCUGCCCAUCUACACGGAGAAGAUUAUGGAGAGGUAUAAGGGGAUAAAGCGGCAUGAAGUACCUCCCCAUGUGUUCGCCAUCACAGACACUGCCUACCGUUCUAUGUUACAAGAUCGAGAGGACCAGUCAAUUCUUUGCACAGGAGAAUCCGGUGCUGGUAAGACAGAGAACACGAAGAAGGUGAUACAAUACCUCGCGUAUGUCGCCGCAUCAAAACCCAAGGGAUCUGGAGCGGUAAGCACCAUCGUCAAACUCAUUUUAGGUGAACUGGAACAACAGCUGUUACAAGCUAACCCCAUAUUAGAAGCCUUCGGUAACGCCAAGACUGUUAAAAACGACAACUCUUCUAGAUUUGGUAAAUUCAUUAGAAUAAACUUCGACGCGUCAGGUUUCAUAGCGGGCGCGAACAUCGAAACGUAUUUACUCGAAAAGUCAAGAGCUAUCAGACAAGCGAAAGACGAGAGAACAUUCCACAUAUUCUACCAGCUCCUUGCCGGUGCCACGACGCAGCAGAGAGCUGAGUACAUCCUAGAGGACCCCAAGAGCUAUCCAUUCCUGUCCAAUGCUGCACUCCCUGUCCCUGGUAUCGACGAUGCAGCCGAGUUCCAGGCCACCAUCAAGUCCAUGAACAUCAUGGGCAUGAACAACGAGGACUUCAACUCGAUAUUCAGGAUAGUCUCAGCAACUCUACUCUUCGGCUCCAUGCAGUUCAAGCAGGAGAGGAACUCCGACCAGGCCACGUUGCCUGACAACACAGUCGCGCAAAAGAUCGCGCAUUUACUUGGUCUUUCCGUCACAGAAAUGACUAAGGCGUUCCUCAAACCUAGAAUCAAAGUGGGUCGCGACUUCGUCACGAAAGCUCAGACCAAGGAGCAGGUGGAGUUCUCAGUGGAAGCUAUCGGCAAAGCUUGCUACGAGCGCUUGUUCAGAUGGCUCGUGAACAGAAUCAACCGCUCCCUCGACAGGACCAAGAGACAAGGAGCGUCCUUUAUCGGUAUUCUCGAUAUGGCUGGUUUUGAAAUCUUCGAGCUCAACUCCUUUGAGCAGCUCUGCAUCAACUACACCAACGAGAAGCUCCAGCAACUCUUCAACCACACUAUGUUCAUCUUGGAACAAGAAGAGUACCAACGCGAAGGUAUCGAGUGGAAGUUUAUCGAUUUCGGUCUCGAUUUGCAACCGACCAUCGACUUGAUCGACAAACCUAUGGGAAUAAUGGCUUUGUUGGACGAGGAGUGCUGGUUCCCCAAGGCUACUGAUAAGACGUUUGUUGAGAAGCUGGUGUCAGCACACUCCGUCCAUCCCAAGUUCAUGAAGACUGAUUUCCGUGGAGUUGCGGACUUCGCGAUUAUUCACUACGCUGGCAAAGUAGACUAUUCCGCAGAGAAAUGGUUGAUGAAGAAUAUGGACCCUCUGAACGAGAACGUCGUGUCCCUCCUCCAGUCAUCUCAGGAUCCGUUCGUGUGUCACAUCUGGAAGGACGCGGAGAUCGUGGGCAUGGCGCAGCAGGCGAUGACGGACACACAGUUCGGUGCGAGGACCCGCAAGGGCAUGUUCAGAACAGUCUCUCAAUUGUACAAGGAACAGCUGACCAAACUGAUGGCGACGCUAAGGAACACUAACCCGAACUUCGUAAGGUGUAUCAUUCCCAACCACGAGAAGAAGGCUGGAAAGAUCGAAGCGCCUCUAGUUCUCGACCAGUUACGUUGCAAUGGUGUGCUUGAAGGUAUCAGGAUCUGCAGACAAGGUUUCCCCAACCGUAUUCCCUUCCAGGAGUUCAGACAGCGCUAUGAGCUGCUGACUCCUAACAUCAUACCGAAAGGUUUCAUGGAUGGAAAGAAGGCUUGUGAGCAGAUGAUCGAGGCUCUAGAGUUAGAUCACAAUUUGUACCGCGUCGGUCAGUCCAAGAUCUUCUUCCGGGCUGGUGUACUGGCACAUCUUGAGGAGGAACGGGACUACAAGAUCACUGACUUGAUAGUCAACUUCCAAGCGUUCUGCCGAGGCUACCUUGCUAGGAGAAACUACCAGAAGAGACUGCAACAGCUGAACGCUAUCCGUAUCAUUCAGAGGAACUGCGCCGCCUACCUCAAGCUGCGCAACUGGCAAUGGUGGAGACUGUACAUCAAGGUCAAACCCCUUCUAGAAGUGACGAAGCAAGAAGAAAAGUUGACGCAGAAGGAGGACGAGCUCCGUCAGAUUCGUGAGAGAUUGGACACCCAGGUGAAGAGAUGCCAGGAGUACGAGCAGAAGUACCAGCAGGCCAAUGCUGAGAAGACACAGUUGGCUGAACAACUACAGGCUGAGUUGGAGUUGUGCGCGGAGGCGGAGGAGUCCCGCGCCCGGGCCGCGGCACGCAAGCAGGAGCUGGAGGAGCUGCUGCACGACCUGGAGGGACGCAUCGAGGAGGAGGAGGAACGGUGCAACGCGCUGCAACAGGAGAAGAAGAGGUUGCAGCUUAACAUACAGGAUCUGGAGGAACAGCUGGAAGAGGAGGAGGCUGCCAGACAGAAGCUGCAGCUGGAGCGCGUGCAGUGUGACUCCAAGAUCAAGAAGCUGGAGGAGGACCUCGCACUCAGCGACGAUACCAACCAGAAACUUGUCAAGGAGAAGAAGAUCUUAGAAGAGCGUGCCAACGACUUGUCCCAGGCACUGGCCGAGGAAGAGGAGAAGGCGAAGCACCUCAGCAAGCUCAAGACCAAGCAGGAGUCCGCCAUCGCAGAGCUUGAGGAGAAACUUCUUAAGGAUCACCAAAUGCGUCAAGAGACGGACCGUGCCAAGCGGAAGCUGGAGACUGAACUGCAGGAUGUCAAGGAACAGCUCACUGAGAGGAAGGCGCAGCUUGAAGAGUUGCAGAUUGUGCUUACAAAGCGCGAGGAAGAGUUAGCGUCUGCAAUAAGUCGCGCGGACGAGGAGAGCGCGGCGCGCGCGGCGGCGCAGAAGGCCGCGCGGGAGGCAGAGUCCGCGCUCGCUGACGCGCACGAGGACCUCGACGCCGAGCGCGCCGCCAGGACCAAGGCAGAGAAACUGCGCAGGGACCUCAACGAGGAACUGGAGGCACUCAAGAGUGAAUUGCUGGACUCGCUCGAUACUACUGCUGCCCAACAAGAACUCCGUACAAAGCGCGAGCAAGAAGUAGCAGUCCUGAAGCGCAGCCUGGAGGAGGAGGCCGCGGCCCACGAGGCCAGCCUCGCCGACCAGAGGCACAAGCACUCCCAGGAACUACAACAACUCAACGAACAACACGACCAGCUCAAGAAGACUAAGGCCGCACUGGAGAAAGCCAAACAAGUAUUGGAAGCCGAGAAUGCGGACUUGGCGACGGAGCUGAAGAGCGCGAGUGCCGCGCGGGCCGAAGGCGAGCGACGACGGAAGCAGGCUGAGGCACAGUUACAAGAGGUUGCGGCCAAACUGCAGGAUGUAGACCGUGUCAGGUCGGAGCUGCAGGAGAAAUGCGCGCGACUGGCGAGCGAGGCCGAGGCGGCCGCCGGGCAGCUGGAGGCGGCCGAGCUCAACGCGUCCGCCGCGCACAAACACUCCGCCACGCUCGGCGCGCAGCUCGCGGAGGCACAGGCGCUACUAGAAGAGGAAACGAAACAAAAAUUGUCUCUACAAACCAAACUGCGCAACAUCGAGCAACAACUGGAGCAAGCCAGGGACCAACUCGAGGAAGAGGAGGAGGCCAAGAAGAACUUGGAGAAACAAGUAACAGCGUUGACCCAACAAGUGGCGGACGCUAAAAAGAAGGCGGAGGAAGAAGCAGAAAACGCGGCCGCUCUCGAGGAACAACGCAAGAAGCUCAGCAAGGAUGUCGAGGCACUACAUCGACAGAUUGACGAGCUGCAACAGGCUAACGACAAGCUUGAUAAGAGUAAAAAGAAGAUCCAGGCGGAAUUGGAAGACACGAACAUUGACCUGGAGGCCCAGAGAGCCAAGGUUAUGGAGCUCGAGAAGAAACAGAAGAGCUUUGAUAAGGUGGUAUCAGAAGAGCGUGCAAUAGCAGAGCGUUACGCGGCGGAACGUGACGCGGCUGAAAGGGACGCCCGGGACAAGGAGACACGCGUACUCUCACUCACUAGGGAACUUGACACUGCUGCAGAGAAGGUCGAAGAACUAGAACGCACAAAACGCCUCCUGCAAUCAGAGCUAGAUGAGCUAGCCAACACGCAAGGCACCGCGGACAAGAACGUCCACGAGCUGGAGAAGGCCAAGCGAGCCCUGGAGUCACAAGUAGCUGAACUGAAGGCACAGAACGAGGAGAUCGAGGACGACCUGCAAAUCACUGAGGACGCUAAACUACGCCUCGAAGUCAACAUGCAGGCUAUGCGAGCUCAGUUCGAAAGGGACCUUCAGGCUAAGGAGGAACAGGGCGAGGAGAAGCGGCGCGGUAUAGUGAAGCAGCUGCGAGACCUGGAGGCAGAGCUGGACGACGAGCGCAAGCAGCGCGCUGCAGUGCUCGCCAUGAGGAAGAAACUUGACGCAGACCUCAAGGACGCUGAACAGGCACUGCAUCUCGCCAACAAGGUGAAAGAAGACGCAGCCAAGCAAGUGAAGAAGUUGCAGCAGCAGUUGAAGGAGGCCGCGCGCGAGGCCGAGGAGGCCCGCGCCGGGCGGGAGGAGGCCGCCGCCGCCGCCAGGGAGGCCGAGCGACGCGGCAAGGCGCUGGAGGCCGAGGCACUCGCGCACGCCGAGGAACUCGCCGCCGCAGACCGCGCGCGCCGCCAGGCCGAGGCCGAGAGGGACGACCUGCUCGACGAGCUCAAUAACUCCUCCUCCAAGAGUACACUUCUCAUCGACGAGAAGAAGCGACUGGAGGCACGGAUAGCAGCGCUCGAGGAGGACCUGGAUGAGGAACAGUCCAAUAAUGAAAUCCUCAACGACAGGCUUCGGAAAUCACAGAAUCAAAUCGACCAACUUACAAUGGAACUGGGCACAGAGAAGUCAGCCACGCAGAAACUGGAGAGCGGCAAGUUAGUACUGGAACGGCAAAACAAGGAACUCAAGGCCAAGCUCGCAGAGCUGGAGACUGCCGCCAGGACCAAGACCAAGGGCGUGAUAACUUCCCUGGAGCUGAAGGUGGCUAACCUGGAGGAGCAGUUGGAGGCAGAGUCCCGCGAGCGACUGGCGCAACAGAAGGCUUCGCGCAAGUUGGACAAGAAGAUGAAGGAACUCGCGCUGCAACUGGACGAGGAGAGAAGGCAUGCUGACCAGUACAAGGAACAGAUUGAGAAGAUGAACGUCCGCGUGAAGGCACUGAAGCGUCAACUAGACGAGGUGGAGGAGGAGGUGCAGCGCGAGAAGGUCGGGAAACGGAAGGCGCAGAGAGAACUCGAAGACAUGCUCGAGACACACGAGACUCUCACGAGGGAGUGCAACAACCUGCGCAAUAAGCUCAGACGGCAGGGCGGCGGCAUCGGUCUGUCGGGCGCGUCGUCGUCGUCCCGCAUGAAGCGCACGUCGCUGGCGCCGGGCGCGGGCUCGGGAGACGAGUCCUUCGACGACGUCAACGACACCACCAACAGCGUCGAGUAA